ACAUACUGCACAAAUGAUCCCCGCGGAGAACAGCACAGUUGUGACUGAGUUCGCUCUUGCCGGGAUAACUGAUGACCCACAGCUGCAGAUCCCGCUCUUUCUGGUGUUCACGCUCAUCUACCUCCUCACUCUGGUUGGGAACCUGGGGGUGAUCACGCUGAUCCUGCUGGACUCUCGUCUCCACACUCCCAUGUACGUCUUCCUCAGCCACCUCUCCCUGAUGGACUUUGGUUACUCCACGGCCGUCACUCCCAAAGUGAUGGCUGGCUUCCUCGUGGGAGACGAGGCCAUUUCCUACAAAGCUUGUGUUGCUCAGUUAUAUUGUUUUGCUGUCUUUCUGAUUGUAGAAACUUUUCUCUUGGCCUCAAUGGCCUAUGACCGUCAUGCCGCAGUGUGCAAGCCACUCCAUUACACCAAUAUCAUGACACCAAGGAUGUGUGCCUGGAUGGUCGUAGGAUGCUAUGUCUUUGGUUUUCUGGAGGCCUCUGUUCACACUUGGAAUGCAUUCAGUCUCCCUUUCUGCAGAUCCAAUGUGGUUGAUCACUUCUUUUGUGAUGCUACGCCUCUCCUGGCUCUCUCAUGCUCAGACAGCAGCAGAAGUGAGAUGGUGUUUUUUAUUUUGGCAGGCUUCAAUAUCAUCUUUACCGUUAUGGUCAUCCUGGUCUCCUAUCUGUUUAUCUUUGUCACCAUUCUGAGGGUGCGCUCAUCUGAAGGACAUCAGAAGGCCUUUUCCACCUGUACUUCCCACCUCACUUCCAUCUCCAUCUUCUAUGGGACAGGCGCCUUCAUGUACCAACAGCCCGGCUCCCGCCAUUCCAGGAGCACAGACAAAAUAGCGUCUGUAUUCUACGCCAUAGUCAUCCCCAUGCUGAAUCCGCUGAUCUAUAGCCUGAGGAACAAAGAGGUCAAGAACGCCUUAAAAAAGGCUGUGGGGAAAGCAAAGUCUUCUCUAAGAUACAUAUUUUAA